GUAAAUUAAACGUCACUUUUAAGUCAAUAACUCUUAACAAAUUAUUAUAUAUUUCAGAAAUUUGAAGUCUUAAUAUUUUUAUUAAUAAGUAGAAAAGAUGUCAAAUACACAACUAAGAACGACGUCAUCCAUUUCACCUAUACAUGACGUGUACGAUUUGCUAUCGAAAUAUUCCUACCGUCCAAUCGUUGAAGAAUUUAAUUACGAACGACAUUCAAAACAAGCUAUACGAAUCGCUUCAUGGAAUUUAGACAACUUAACUCAAGAAAAGGCUAGAAAUUUGGGGGUAGUUGAAGUAAUAUGCUGCACUAUUUUAGAUUAUAAAUGGUCUCUAGUAGCAAUUCAAGGAGUGCGAGAACUUUUAGCCCUUAAAAUAAUAUGCGACGAAUUAAAUAGACCUACACUACCUUGCAUAAAAAUAAUGAAGGAUAACAGCCGAUCUUGGAAAUACUGUAUGUGCGAUACAAAAACUGGAUUAGGCUUUAUCUAUGAUUCAGUAAGUAACGAGUGGGGAGUUGAUAUCGCUUCUCUGUCACACGAAAUAAUAGAUGAAUGUCAAUCCAUAAUUAUAACGUUUUCCAUUAAAGGCGUUGCGUUCACGAUAAUAAAUGUGGGCUCCAUUUCAAGCUCAGCUGAAGAAUUCGAAAAGAGUCUAAGAGAACUGCUUCAAAAUUUUACAGGACCUGUUCUGGUCGUUGGUGAUGUCAAUAAAAUAACAGAACAGACAGAAGGAAAUAUAAUAAAAGAACUUGCUACUUUAAAGGCAGUAAUUCCACUUAGUUUAAAUACAAGUUGUCAGCAUUUAAAAUCAAACUUGCGAUUUACGGAUACAAUUUUAAUCAAUAAUGUAGCCCAAACAGCGUAUUACGACGAUGAAUGGGGAGUCGUCAGAGAAGGAUUAACUCAUCUAGCUAUACCUGAGGGAUGGGAUUGGGGAGGGGCAGCGUCCACACACUGUCCUGUUUGGGCAGAAUUUUACGUUGCACCUAAUAAAGUACUGUUGGAGUCUUGGAAAAUAUCGCUGGAGUCUGACAAAGGAAAUUGAGUUAGUCCUGAUAAUGAUCGUAUUCAAUUCGUGCUUCUACAAUUUGAAUGAUAAUUAGAUAAUAAAUGAGAACGAAAGGUUA